AUGGGCGGUUGCCCGAACGGGAGCGUGCCCGAGGGGCGUUGGGCGUCGCGGGCGCUGGCCGGCAGCAGCGGACGCCGGUCGUCGAGCAGAGGCAGGCGGCAGGGGCGAGGCCACGGCAGCUGCAGCAGAAGUAGCUGCUACAGCAGCGGGAGGGCGUGGCCGCAGGCGAGGCGCGUCGGCGCGGGGCGACGGGCGCGGCCAGGGCGCGGCCCGUCCAUGGUGAGCGUGCGCGAGGGGGUUGCGGGCGAGCGCAUGGGAGCGGAGUGUCCGCGGCGACCGCGACCAGCGUGGUGCGGGGAAGAGGAGAAGAUGGGGCCUCACUGGGGGUUCGUAGGGACGGGGCAGUGGGCUCGGGGAGGAGGACGACAAAGGGGUGGUGUCCGGGUCGCCGGCGACGAGUGCGGCGAGGCGACGGGGUCGAUGGCGCGGCGCAGGAACGGCGGCCUCGGCACGGGACGAGGAGGAGGCCGAGGCACGCGGGGCGAUGGCGGCGUCGGCGGAGACCUCAGGCAGCGGUGGUCGGCGACGGGGUCUCCGGGCGGCGGCGGGAUCGAGGCGGUGAGCACUGGGGCGCUCCCGAUCUAG